GGUCACUUUAACGGCCGUUGUGAUUUGUCAACCCAACAGACUUGGACCAGCCACGCUCGCAUUUCCCGCCCUCAGCAGAUUUGAUCGCGGGGAGAACCUCGCGCGACGGCCUUUGUAAAGCGCACCGUUGAUCUGGAAAAAGCCGUACCGCCUCGGGGUACUGCGCACAUCAGAUCAGGGACUAAACAAAAGAGAGGGGGACGAAAGGGAAAAAAAAAAAAAGAAACAAUUUCUUUUUCCUCUUUUGCAAGGGUGGAAAAAAAGAACGAAAAGAAAGAAGGUGGCCUCUGGGUUGCGAAAAAAGCUUUGCGAGCCCUUGGUCAACCCCACACAAAUUUCAUAUUCCGAGCGACGACGAGGACGGCGGCAGCGGUGGCAAGAGGCAGCAGUCGGAGCGACAGCAUCCUACAAAACGCAACUCGCCCCUCUGGGCAUUUCGAAGGGACCCGCAGGUUUCGACGAGGGGCUUGGAACGGCGAGCAUGGCGAGCGGGCAGCGGCAGCGCGCCGAGGGCGCGGACGGCAUCAAGACGCGGUUCCUGAUCAUGUCGGACACGCACGAGGGCUUCCAGCACCGACUUGGGCGGACGGCGCCGUGGGCGGGCGCGGACGGGUCGUUUCGGCCGCCGCUGCCGCGGGCGGACGUGCUCAUCCACUCGGGCGAUCUGACGAUGGUGGGCACGAUGGAGCAGUACCGCGGCGCGCUGCGGCUGCUGGCCGGCGUGGACGCGGAGCUCAAGCUCGUCGUCGCGGGCAACCACGACCUGUCGCUGCACGGCGCGUACUACGUGCACGACGCGACAGCGCGGCGCAUCGCGGGGCGGCACUACGACGCGGCGGACGCGCGGCGGGCGCGCGAGCUGUGGACCGGCGACGAGGCGCGCCGCGCCGGCGUCACGUAUCUCGACGAGGGCGCGCAUGUGUUCACGCUCGCCUCCGGCGCCCGCCUCGCCGUCUACGCAUCGCCCUGGCAGCCCUUCUUCCACAACUGGGCCUUCAACUACCCGCUGACCGAGGACCGGUGGAACCCGCCAGAGCGCAUCGUGACGUCGGAGCUGACGCCCGAGGUGGCGCCCGCGCCGCCGCACCGUGACCCGCACCCCAUCCCAGACGGCGCGGAUCUGGACGUCGUCAUCACCCACGGCCCGCCCUACGGCCACCUCGACGCAACGUCGAGAGGCGCUCGCGCAGGCUGCCCGCACCUGCUCAACGCCUUGAACAGGGUCCGCCCGCGGAUGCACUGUUUCGGCCACAUCCACGAGGCCUGGGGUGCCGAGCUCGUCACCUGGAGCCCCGCGGACACAGGUGCGCGUGUGGGCGGCAGCGCCACCGCCCCCGUUGGUAGGUUCGGCGAGACGACGGAGGUGCUGGGCUCGCUGGUGCCGGGUCCCAACCGCCAAACGCCGUCCGACAAGGACGCCAUCGAACGCAGAGCCAACUACCUCGACGUCAGCUCCGACUCGAAGCGCCCGCUGCGCGCCGGCAGUGAGACGCUUCUCGUCAACAGCUGUAUCAUGGACCUAGGCUACGACACGAACGGUUCCGCUUGGCUAGUCGACAUGGACCUGCCAAGGGCUGAGGCAGCGUCGGGAACGGGCCAUAUUCACGGCGCUCGUGACGCCAUGAUCUAAACAGCAUAGAGCAAACGAAUAGAAGAUCUUGAC